GCGUCGCCCUCAAAUCUUUCAGUUACAAUAAGACAAUGGAUUAUUCCAAGCGAGAAAUACCGGUGUGCGAAGUCUGCCAAAAGCCGGCGAACCAAACAUGUGGAGGAUGCAAGUUGGUCUAUUACUGUUCGAAAGAUCACCAAAAACACGCAUGGAAAGAAGGACAUAAGUUUCAAUGCCGGAGCUACAAAAUUGAACACUCAGAUCUGAUUGGAAGACACAUGAUAGCAACUAGAGAUAUAAGGCAAGGAGAAAUAAUUCUAAAAGAAAAACCGGCUGUCAGUGGUCCAAGGAUAACCUGCACGCCCCAUUGUUUAUCGUGUAACAAAAAGCUUCAACCAAUACAAAUUGAAGAUAAGUUAGAUUUUUAUAAAUGCUCCAAAUGUAACUGGCCCAUGUGUAAUCUCAGCUGCGAAAACGCAGAACCACAUCGAGAAGAAUGCAAACUUAUGACUAAAAACAAUUAUAAAUGCGAUAUCAAAUAUGAAAGCCCUGAUAAAGCGGAAGCAGCGUAUUGUGUAAUUGCACCCAUGAGAGUACUAUUAAUGCAUAAAACCAACCCUCGUCAGUAUGAAAGUGUAAUGUCUUUAGAAUCCCACUUGGAACACAGAAUCAAUACACCUUUAUAUAAAGUGUUAAAGGUCAAUCUUCUCACUUUUAUUGCUCGUGUGCUUGGACUGUCAUUUGAUGAAGAGACUAUUCUGAAAGUAGCUUCGAUAUUCGACACUAAUUCCUUUGAUGUUAGAUCUCCGGAUGGAUCCAAAAGGUUACGUGCUAUUUACGUGACAGCUUCGAUGAUGAACCAUAACUGCAGGCCCAAUACAAGACAUAUUUAUUUAGGUGAUGAUAAUAUCUUAGCUUUGAUAGCAACCGUACCGAUUGCUAAAGGUGAAAUGAUUACUGUAACGUAUACCCAAUCGUUGUACGGAACGUUGGAUAGAAGAAGACAUUUAAGAGAAACCAAAUGUUUUGAUUGUGAAUGUGAAAGGUGUAAGGAUCCAACAGAAUUUGGUACAUAUUUAGGUAACAUUUACUGUUCCAUUUGCAACGGCUCUCUAGGAAAUAAGAAAUCAAAAACAGAAGCAAAAAUGGUCUCUACCAAUCCUUUAGAUGAAACUGCGCCAUGGAGUUGUGAAAAAUGUGGUUAUUACAUACAAAGUAGACAGAUGUUUUGGGGUAAUAAUGCGUUGAAACAAGAGCUUAGUGCACUAAACAAAUCAUCCCCUAAAGGGUUUGAGGAAUUUAUUGAUAAAUAUUCAGUGACACUUCAUUCCACAAAUCAUUUAGCGAUACAAGCUAAGAUGGCGUUGAUGCAAAUUUAUGGAAACUAUAAAGGAUACACAUUGAUAGAGCUUCCAGACUAUUUACUAAAGCGUAAAGUAGAUAUCUGUCAUGAACUUUUGGAUGUGGCGGACAAGCUAGAGCCUGGCUGGUCUAGGUUCCGUGGAACCAUUCUCCUGGAACUACAAGCUGCCAUGACAAUGCAAACUAAAAGGGAAUUCGAAGUGGAGAAAAUAACUAAAGCUGCAGCACAGGAUCAAUUAAUGGAAAGCAUGGUAUUGCUACAGGAAGCAACACACAUUUUGAGAAUAGAACCUUACAUGAAAGAAGUUUUGGAGAAUAAACUUCAAGAACUGUCUUCCUUAUUAGAUGAGACUAAUCUUUGAUACAUUAUGAUUUUUAUAUGUGUAUGAGAUAUUUUUAUAAAAUUCCCUUGUGUAACGCUUGAGUGUAUAAGUGCUAAAACACUACGAUAGGUUUAUAUAUCACUUAGAUAUAUAUUUUUUUAGGAGAGGAAGUAUAAUAAAUCAAUAAUUAAGAUGUGUACAUUUAUAUAUUGGAUUUGUAACUAUUAGUUCCAUUAUAAAGACACAAUUAAAAGACAAAAUUAAUUACUACAAGUUAAAAUUAGUUACUACUUAAUUUCUUCUAUAAACUUGAUGUAUUAAAUGAUUUUUUCUAGACUCAA